CAUCCACAAGGCACACACACAAGCUGUGACCAGAACAGCAAAAUCACAAGACAAAAAAUAUCUCUGGGUGCCUCAAACAAGGAGGAAUAUGGCAUUUAUUUGCCAAAUAAAUAGCAAAAAUAAUACUUCACUGGCAGAAAUAUUAGAGUACUGCACUAAUAACGCAAAUGACAACGAUGCGAAGACCGAUUGCUUGAAGAGUCCAGUCUUGAAAUGAUAGGAACAGCAGCUAUAAGAGGCGAGAUGCGUCUGUGAUGGCUUGAAGAAUCCUAUGGGAACACAGGCUGAUAGGUAGGCAGGCAGGAGAAAGCUUGACAGAGGCCCUGAAGCAGCUGAAGAAGGCACUGUAGACGUGGUAGCAUAGCAGGUAAUGUCGAAGCAGCACAAGGCACACGGUGAAGGCAGCAGCACAGGCUGGAGCAGCGAGGUAGUUGGCCCGGCAGGCAGAGCGGUGCGUGGAGGACUUGGGUGUCAGAAAAGAGAACCAGAUAUGCUGUCUCCAUCCCACCGCUGCCACCAUAUGUGCUAGUUUUAACUUCUUGUUUUAUUGUUUGUAGAGUUGCCCAUGGUGUGCUCAGGGUGCUGCAGAGGGUGCUAGGGAAACACAGAUGUACGAAAGGCUGUCAUAUAUUAAUAUAAACUAGGUAGGUACAAGUGAGCGCCAGCCACCAGGUCCGACCUCCGGAGCUGGGCCAGGCGCAUGACUGAGGCGCAUGAGAAACACCACACUAAUACUGCCAAAACAUAAGGGGGACGAGAAACGUGUUUAUACAUAAAUAACAACACUAUUAUACUGCUGCUGCUGCUGCUGUUAGUAAUUUGUUGUUGUUGUUGUUGUUGUUGUUGUUGUUGUUGUUUUGUUGUUGAUGUCGUUUUUCGCUGCUGUUGUUGCUAUACUUUCAAUGAUUUCAGGCUUCAUCCUGACUUUCACUGCUUGUUGCCUCCAGUGUAUUAAUUUCCAGCAGCCUUGUGACUUGCCUUUCCGCCCUGAUAACAUUUCAUCAUUCACUCUUAUCUUGCCACUUCACUUCCACAGCCUUGUGUCUGUUGAAGUUGGCCUUGCCAGUAAAGUUAAUGGUCUGUCAACUACAUCCGGUUUUGGCUCUAUGCUCAUCGACCACACACUGGCUCAUGAAGAUAAGUAAUCAGCUUUAAUUAACAAUAUCUAAAUAUCCUUUCUUGGUCUCCAUCACCAGAGGACACUAUGCCCUCUGACGAUGCGCCGCCCCUUACAAACAGGUGGCUACGAAUUGGCAAGAGUGGAAACGCUUUGAUCAGAGGCUUUUGAUCGUAUGAAUAGCAAAUUUUUAAGAAGGAAAACAUUUCAAAAUGAAGGAGAAAGAGGAUACUGACAACAUACGCACGGUGGUAAUGGUAGCAGGCAAGCAAGCAGGAACAACCUUGGAAAUUGUGGCAGAUUGGAGGCAGUAGGAAAUGUGACAAUAGGAAAAUUAGGAAAAUUUUGAGUGUAAGAGUGAAAGGGAAUUAAAGAAGGUGGACAAGAGCUACAGGUUAUAGAAACCAAAGAAAGAUAUCUUCAAUUUAUAGGAAGAGAAGAGAGUUAAAUGUUUCAGUUAGGAGAAGUAAUAAAUAAAAUAAGGUAGCUAAUAAGAUAAAACAAAUAAAUAUGCAAUAAGAUAACACGAAAUAUAAUUAUAUAAAAUGUCUAUAUCUUCUCCCUGCUUUGUCUUCUUUUCUUACAUUUGUUGGUCAUUUGGCUGCUUUGCCAUAUGUUAUCGAGCAUUUCAGUGGGCAUUUUUUUUAUUAGAUUUUUGUUGCCCUUGGCCAGUGUCCUUCCUACAUAAAAAAAAAAAAAAAAAAGUGGGGGAGACGCUGUGCUGGGCGGUUUCCUCAAGGUAUUAUGACCUAGCCUAGCUGUGUUGUAUUUGUGUAUGUCUUUCCCUAGGACUUGUACUCAAGAGUACUUUCUCAGCAAGCGUGAGAAAAUUUAUGAUGUAUAUUUAUAAUGUCCCCCCUCUCUCAUUUUAUUAUUUCAGUUAUUUAUAUCGCGGGCGCGAUAUAAAUAAUUGCUCAGUUGAUAAAGAUUGCAUCAUCUCAGAGAAGUAACCCUCUUAAAUAGUUCAGAAGGUCAAAUUCAUCUAUUGUAUGUUUAACAUGUGUGUGGUUGUGGAGGUGGGUCACCACACAAUGAUUUUUUUUAAGGUUAGCACUAAUUUUCAUCUGAUUUGGUGGGAAAGCAGUUAUUAAUCACUCCAAAUGGAAUUAUUAAAAGUAACCCUGGGAAGAACUCAUGUCCCUGCAACUAAGUUUUUCCACAUUCCUUGAUCGAUUUCACAAAUGUGAUAAUAGAUCCCAAUGUUUUAUAGUGAGGGAGAGGAGAGAAAUAAUAAAAUGUUAUGGAGACAACUGGCAAGUCGAUGGCGAGAGGGGACGCUGUGAACCUCUCUCGUGAGAGACGCUGCCCUCACCACCUCCAUGUUAAGGGUUAAGCACCCAUGGAAUAUACUGUGAAUCAACUACCGUUGAAAAUGGUCUGGUCUUGUUCCUUUAAGCAACCAUGGAAUAUAUUAUGAAUCAACUACUGUGCAAAAUGUUGGAACAUUUAAUGGAAUUUCUUUGUUUUGUGAACUUUUUUUUCUUCCUCCCAGUUACACCCACCCCUUUUGUUAAAACAAACUAUACCUAUAAAUUUAAUACUUUGAAGAGAUAACAGCGCAAAUAAAAUCAGAGUAAUGCUACCAUAAUUUUUUUUUAAUGCUCGGACAUUUUACCAAGCGGUAACAUGUCAAGGUAAAGUAAAGUAAAUGAAUCUGUUUAUUAAGGAAGGUUAUGAAAAGUAAAAAGGUGAGUGGCAUUAAAUUUUCCCUGCAGGUGAUACAAGGUGACAACUUGGAGGCAACUGCUAUGUGCGCCAUGAAGGGUUAAAGGGUUACUUGAUUUAUGUUUUUUUCAUUAUAGGUCUCGCACUAGACCACAGAGAGGGUAGUCUAAGGGAAGCCGACCCGAGUGAACAGCAGCUGCAAGAGACAGGGUUUGAGGCCGAAACAGAUUUGACAAUCUCAGUCAGAACUAUACUGAGGCCGUGGACGAGGCUACAACUGUUUGCAAUCAGGAUUUGUGAAGUUAUUUGCCUUGCACUAAGCUGCAAGGGUGGUAGCAUUAUUGCGCGCAGCGAAAAAAAGAAAAAAAAAAAAAACUAAGAGGAGAGAGUGAGAAGAAAGGAAGUGCAAGAGAAGGCAGAAGAUGCCUGAGGCAUGAUAAGUGCCUGCCUACCCCCACUGUUUACUUUAAAAAUUUUCCCCUAAUUAGUCUCCUCCUUAGAUUAAAUAUCCUUACUUUCUUUUGUUCCCUCAUGUUGAAUCAAACAUAUUACAUAACUGAAAAGUUUGUCUUGCCUAUAGAGCAAUCAUAAUCUAUCCAGCCCUUGUACUUUGCUUACAAUAAUUUUGGAAAGAUAACAUGUUGUCUUCUUAAGAGCGACGUGAGUGAGGAGCGUCUCUGGGGCGGGAAGCCCCUCACACCUCUUCCCCUCAUCCUCCCUCUUACAUGUUAAGGCUGCAUAUUUUUGAACUGCUCUCAGUAUUCGGCCAGUUCGCCUCCCACCACUUCUUCGACCACAUUCCAAUAAACUACUACAAUAAUUUGGCCUUGAUAAGACACACACGGAUUAUUGAUUCAUGUCGAAACACUUAAUCACUGGUGGAAAGAUACCAUAUAUGAAUCUGAUGCCCUGUUGCAAUGGAUAUCAAGAUUAAGCUGAUCACAGAAAACACAGUAGACAAGGAUCCAAAAGUUUAGUCAUCCUUGCUUCAUAACCAUCAAUGGGGAACAUAACCAUGGUCUGCAUCUGCAUUACGAGAACUACAAGUGGUCCCAGAAACCCAGGAUUUUUUUUACUUUGAUGCAGGAAUGACAGCAGCACAGGCUUCAAGAUGCCAUCAGGACAAGUUGCACUUAACUUUGAUAGAUAUGGCAAGUAACUCCAUAAAUCCAACACAGCAAUCAGAGAGACAUCUUUGGGAUAUUUGGAGGAAAGAGGAACAUGGUAGUGUUGGUGAUGAGAUUGUGUUCACCCAAAUAAGAAAAUACAGAGAUGCUAAUCCAGACACGACUCGGGAAAAUAAUGCCUCCAGUGAUGCUGUAAAAAAAUUUAAAAAAUCUACUGAGAGAAAACCACCUACCCUGGAGCUUGUGGUGGCUGCAUGAGACAUUUUCAGCAACACUGCAACAACUAGGAGACAUCACCACUGAUAAAAACAGAAGCUUUCAUGAAAAAAAUAAAAUCACUGAAGACCACCAGUCAACUGAAUAGCUUUUCAUAUUCAUGUGGAUCAUCUUCAAAGUCAUCUGGAGUUGGCAGAGGUAAAAUACCUUGUCAGCCAAUAUCAGCUGCCAGACGUCCUGUUGGCAUGCCAAGAGGAGCUGCCCCAAUUGAAAAGGGCAGAAAAAGAAAAUCAGAUUUGCUUAAAAAAAAGCAGCAUUUCUGAGGUGUUAUGUGCACCUACAUUAUUGUGUAUAUCUUGAGGAAAUGGCAGAAUUCACAUGCAUUUUUUCAUUUUUUUUUUCAUUAGUUAAUGUGGUUAGGUAUUUCCUUUCAUCUGCUGGUCUAUGAUUCUUCCUUGUUCUACCCUAUUCAUGAUCUUAGGAGUAGAUCUAGGUAAGCCUUAGGGGUCUUGGUCUCCUCAUGUCCUGCAGAACCAUUUUUUAAGCAAAUUAUUCACUUACUCUCAUACUGAGGCUGUCGCAUGUCCUUUGUGAUGGAUCACUUAAUGGUAAUAAAUCUGGAUGUGGCUACAGGAGGCUUGUGGAGGAACGCUUCACCCACCUCUGCAUUCCAUUCUCUAGUUCUCUAGGACCUGACACCAAACUCAGCCAACCACAUGGUGUGAAGUCAACCCUCACUCCCUUUGUCCUCCAGAUGCCAGCCAUGGCUGUCCAGCAACCACCUGAACAUCCCCCAGUCAUGUCCACCCAGGCCUUGGAGGUGGACGUGUGACCCUGUGGCACUUCACUUUAUUUAUUAUAAUUUUGUAGUUAUAUUGUAUCAAUAUACAGCAAUAUUA